AUGACCCAUGAAACUGAAAGCAACUCAAGCUCAGAUGGUUAUGACGGUACUAAGUUGGAUCCAAUCCCAGUGAAGCUCCAAGAGACAAAUGAAGGUCAAUAUUUGCUCACCGCUGAGGAUGCUGAGCUCCUUCAGGAGAUUGUGAAGCACAAUCUGGACCAACCAUCGGGAAAACGGAGAUUCAGAUUUCAAGAGUUAGAGUUCACGCCACAAUUGAGUACAUUUCAUGACCUGGGUUCAACCUCGCCUCAGUUUCAUGGCUUCUUCGUUCUGUUCUGGAUGGGUGUGACCCUGAUGCUGCUCAAACUGGCUGCCAGUAAUUGGAGAAUCUAUGGCAGUAUGUGGGGUAAGAAUGAGAUCAUUCGUUUGAUGUUAGAUAAAGAUGUUGUGGUACUCGGAGUGACUGAUUUAGUCCUGUGUUGGUCGACGGGAUUCUGUCUCCUGCUGCAACGAGCUGUAAUCAAGGGGUAUUUACGCUGGAACGGUCUCGGCUGGCUGAUUCAAAAUGUUUGGCAAACGAUAUAUCUUGGUGCUGUCACUGGGUGGUCGUACCAUCGAGACUGGCCAUGGACACACACGGUCUUCAUUGUGUUGCAUUGUUUGACCAUGUUGAUGAAACAGCACAGCUAUGCAGCGUAUAACGUAUCUGAGCUGUAUCAUAAACGCAAGAUGUUACAGACAAGACUCAGCCAAUUAAACCAAACUCGAUCCACGGCCACAGAAGCAGGGUAUACCUCUGCUAUCAACCAGAAUAUCAAUGCUGAGAUCACCGAUCUCAAGAAUAAUUACUUCCAUCGGCGUUCUUCGGAUCUCAAGACAUGUUCUGGAUCUCGUGAGACCGACCAAUUUUUGUCUCUCGUCGAAACCAUUGGAACAGGCACACCACUCGAAUCAAACCAGGUGGAGUCCCUCCGAGAACUGAUUGAGCAGGAAAUCGGAGUCUUAUCCGAAGGACUCAAAGGCCGAUGCUCAAAGACCUACAACCACUAUCCACGAAACUUAACGAUCAGGAAUUUCUCCGAUUUCAUCUCAUUGCCCACAUUGGUGUAUGAGCUUGAAUAUCCACGGACCGAGAAGAUCAACUGGCUUUAUGUAGCAGAGAAGACUGCCGCUACGUUCGGCAUCAUUGUUGUCAUGAUCGCAGUCUCCCAGUCGUGGAUAUAUCCAGUGGUGAUGUACACAGUGCGAAUGAAAGAAGAGGGCCUGACGGCGCAUCAAAGACUCCAGGAAUUUCCAUGGGUUCUCAGUGAUCUACUUUUUCCAUUCAUGAUGGAAUAUCUGCUGGCAUUCUACGUGAUCUGGGAGUGUGUUCUUAAUGCUCUGGCUGAGAUCACCAUGUUUGCAGAUCGAGGUUUCUACUCAGAUUGGUGGAAUUCAAUCUCGUGGGAUCAGUUCGCCCGGGAUUGGAACCGCCCUGUCCAUAACUUUCUGUUCCGACAUGUAUACCACAGCUCCAUCAGUGCAUAUCGUCUGUCGCGUGUAUCGGCCAGUCUCAUAACUUUCUUGUUGUCUGCAUGUGUCCAUGAGUUGAUCAUGCUGUGCAUCUUUCGGCGACUACGGGGCUAUCUGCUCAUUCUACAGAUGUCGCAAUUGCCACUCGUUGCGCUUAGUCGGACCCGCCUAAUGCGAGGCCGGCGACUGUUGGGAAAUAUCGUCUUUUGGCUGGGCAUCUUUACCGGGCCGAGUCUGCUGUGCAGUUUGUAUUUGAUCAUUUGA